ACUCCGCCAGCUACGCUCUCCGAUGUAUCCUCCCGUGCGAGUCGCGAUGCCGUGCGUCUUUAAUCAGCUGUGCUAUCGCAAUGUGAGUGUGUGAGACCAGCGAUUCGGGGAUACUCCGCAGCAUGGGCAAGGAGCAGGAGCUUCUCGAAGCCUCUCGUAAUGGGAACCUUGCGGUGGUGGAGCGGAUUCUCAGUCAGCGGGCCAAAAAGACGGGACCACUGGCGAGCCUGCGGCGCGGGCCCGGGACCAACGCGCACGACCCGAGCGGCUACACGUCGCUGCACCACUCGGCGCUCAACGGGCACCGCGAGAUCGUCGCCCUGCUGCUGGACCACGAGGCGUCGGCGAACGCGGUGGACGGCCGGGGCUGCACGCCCCUGCACCUGGCCGCCUGGACGGGCAACACGGACGUGGUGCGGCUGCUGCUCGAGAGGGGCCCCUCGCUGGCCGACGCCAACCACGUCAACCAGGAGCGCGAGACGGCGCUGCACUUCGCCGCCCAGUACGGCCACGCGCAGGUGGUGGCCCUGCUGCUGGCGCACGGUGCCGAGCCCGGGCUCCGCAACGUGCGCGGCGAGAGCCCCCUGGACCUGGCCGCCCAGUACGGCCGGCUGGACAGCGUGGCACUGCUGGUGAGCGCGCAGGCGCACUCGCUGCAGCGGCUCGCCGCGGCGCACCACUCGCCGCUCCACCUGGCGGCGCGGAACGGCCACCGGCAGGUGGUGCGCCUCCUGCUCGACCGGGGCUUCCCCGUCAACUGCCGGACGGACAACGGCACCGCCCUGCACGAGGCCGCCACCUUCGGGAAGCUGGACGUCGUCCGGCUAUUGCUCGACUACGGCGUAGACGUGGACCUGCGCGAUGCCCAGAACCGGAGGGCGACGGACGUUCUCGAAGAGCUCAACACGGGCAUCGCCAAGCAGGCGCGGGACAUGAUCCGAGAGCGCGCCGAGGCGGACAGCGGCGGUUCGGCGGACGCCAGCCCGCGCUCCAUCAGCCCGCCGCCGGCGUUCGCGAGUCCCGCGCCGCGGUCCGUGCAGUCGUCGGGCCUGCCGCGGCGCAACUCGGCGGGACUGGGCGGCUCGCAGGACAUGCUGCUCGACAUGCACGCCGCCGCCUCCCGGCACGUCAAGAGGCCCUCGCUCGGUGACGUGGCGCGGGCCUCUUCGCUGCGUCCGCUGGACGACCACCACCACCACCACCGGUCGGCCGGCAACGGCGGCGGCGGUCUCGUGCUCAGCCUGAGUCCCGCCGAGCUGGCGCAGGUGCCGCCGCCGGCGUUCUUCACCUCGGCGCGCUCCUUCGACGAGGACAGCGGCGGCACCAACGCCGGCUGGAACGCGAACGCCACCACCACCACCACGUCGUCCUCGGCGUACCUGCCCAUGUCGGCGCUGCACCACCAGCAGGGCACCAAGCCGCUGCCCCCCGCGAAACCCCCCAGGCGCUCGGUGGCCUGCUCUCCGGGCGUGUACGAGCAACUGUGCCUGGCCACCUCCGGGGGUCCGCAGAGGCGGCGGCGGCUCUCGUCCGGCGACUCGCGCUCCUCGGCCGAGUACGUGGACAUGCGGCCUAAUGCCUCGUCGCAGCAGCAGCAGCAGCAGCCUCACCUCGACAAUCACAGCGACGCCUCGUCCAGGCUCUGCGAGCUCAGCAGCCUCUACGACCAGGCGGCCAGCGAGUGCCUGCAGUCCGGCGGGCGGGCGCCGCAGCACGCCCGCUCGGCGAGCGACAACACGGGGGCCCCGACGUCGUCGGACGAGCGGCCCGCCAGCCUGGCGCUGCACUCCUCCUCCUCGGCGGGCUCCAAGCGGGCCACGGUGCAGAUCCCGCUGAGCCCGAGCCACUACGACCAGCCGCCCACGCCCGAGUUCCCGCCGCCCUCGCCGGGCACCGCCGAGUCCGGCAUCCACAGCAAGAUGAGGCCCCUCAGCAGGGAGUACGUGGUGCAGCAGCAGCGUCGCCGGCGGCUGGGCAGCGGCAGCGACGGCAGCGGUAGUCGGCGCAGCUCGCGCGACGUCGACACCCUGACCGACGAGGACGAGUUGCUGCUCGAGCUGAACGGAGGGGACUCGCCGGCGACGCCCGCCACGCUCAUCGUCUCUUCCUGCUCCACGUCGUCGUCGCAGCAGCCGCCCUCGUCGGGAAUCGUCGAGGAGAUCGUCGAGGAGAACCCGUUCGCCGGCUUGUGCCGGGGUUCCAGCAAGACGGACGAGCCCCAGCCGACAGCCCCGGCGGCGACCGAGCCUGGGCGACCUCGGCCAGGCCCCAAGCCGGCGCCGCCACCACGCAAGCGUGGACCUCCGAUAGACACCACUCCAACACCACAGAAAGACGGUGAAGCUGUGGAAGAGACGCGGAGGCAACAAGAGCAGCCUGCAAGCCCCUUUGAUGAAAAUGCUGAGUGGGCAGAGAUUGCAGACAUCAUGGCAUCAUUUGGGAGUGGCAUUGCGAGGGAGUCCAUUUUUGCAAGAGAUAUGGAGGAAGAGUUUGCUCGCACACUUACACGGCAGCACAAGAAGAAAUCGGAACCGAAUGGAUCGACAUCAUCUUGCCCCGAAAGCAUUGAACAUUGGCUCCAAGAUCUUGGCCUUCCAGAGUAUGCCAACUUGCUUCUGGUGAACGGAUAUGAUGAUGUUCGGUUUCUGGGAGGUGGGCUUGUGGAAGACCAGGACCUUCUAGACAUGGGUGUGUCCAACGCUGAACACCGGCGGCUUAUGGUUGAGUCGGCGGCACAGAAGCUUCCCUCAGUUCCUCGACUAGAACCUGGAUCGGAUCCGGGCUUGGAUGCCUGGCUAGAUUCUAUUGGUCUUGGCUGCUACGCACAACGGUUUCGGGACAAUGGGCUGGGCUCUCUGGACCGCUGCCGCCAGAUUUGGGAACUCGAGCUGAACACUGUGUUAGAAAUUAGCAAACUCGGACACCAGAAACGAAUACUUGCAUCGUUAGGUGAGCGGGCAAAUAACAGCUACGCUGACCUUGAUGAGUUGGACCUCGGUCUCUCUAAACUGAAUAUGGGCCUUCGGGAGCUUGGAGUAGAAGACGAUGACAGGCUGGCACCAAGUAGUCUUCGCAUUCGACCGCCAACGCAGCUGAUGAGUGAUCCUGGUCGGUCUCCUGCAUCCCACAGUGCUGCCAGCACAGCAGCUGCCCAGUGGAGGCACGACCCAGAAAUGCUCAUCAAUGGCUCUUGUGAAUACACUGCACAUUACCUUGGCUCGACACUUGUGAAGGAGCUGCAAGGAACAGAGUCGACUCGGCAAUCAAUCCACAAGCUCAAGACAUCGACACGCAAAAUGGGCAAAGUGCCCUGUGUGCUGCUGUCCGUGUCACACCGUGGAGUUAAGUUUGUCGAUGCUGUAACAAAGCGCCCUGUGUGCGAACAUGAGAUUCGGAAUAUCCACUGUGCCUGCCAAGAUGCUGAAGACCUGACUCACUUUGCCUACAUUACAAAAGAGCACCAAACAAACCAUCACUACUGUCACGUGUUCUGUGCUCAGACAAUGGAGCUGGCCACUGAGAUCAUUCUGACGCUGGGCCAGGCGUUCGAGGUGGCCUACCAGCUCGCUCUGCGUGGUCAGAGCGGCAACGGCACUGCAGCGUCGGGUGGACACCAGGACUCGUGCCAGCGGCUACCGCAGACCAACUCUCACCGGACAUGACAGUUGUCAACGAGGUUCUGAGCUGUACAGAACCUCACAUCAGACGCUGUCGCACGUCAUUGUUCCACCAUCGUUGCACCUUAACGGCACGCUCGAGGUAGCGGCCGCGUCGUCUUGUUCCCAUACCGCCGCACUUCCGGACGGCGAACAAAGCGCGGACAACCGAACAAAGGGUGAAGACGGCCUGGAGACUCUCGUUUUUCGUCUCAGUGUGAUCGCAGCCCGCUUGUAAAAAAGAAAACGAGAACCGCGCACAGGCGCGAGCCUUUCCUUCAAAUACCGUGUCUUGUGCAUGUAUCAAAAGAGCCCUGCUUCUUAGCGGUCACGUGAACGUGGCCGUUCCUUGCGUGGACUGAUAGACUAUAACGCCGUGGUGCUUGGGAGAGCCAGUGACGACAGCUCGGUGGGCAAAGAGCAGCCCCUCGCCGCAACAGCGGACUUGCGUGUCGGAUUUGUGUGUCGACUGCCAUGGCGUCAGGACACGACGGACGGGCGAAAAACAAAAUGGAAUGUCAGCGGUUUGUGUGAAGAUUUAGUGAUCGGUUUUGUUCCUAGGCGCUGGUAAGGGAGGAGUGACGAUGUCAUGUUUUAGCGCCGUCCGACCUGCGCGCAUCGUUGGGAGUUUUUUGUUCGCCUGUUGUUAACGGAACCACUUCUGCGUGGCUGGUGAGAGUGGCGCUGCGGUUCACCGCUGCGGCUGCCCUCGAUGCGGGUCUGCCACCGGCGUGCCCUCUUGGAAGCGGCAGCGCCUGUUUGUGGACCACGUCAUGCUUUCGGUUCGAAGUGUGGGGAAGUGUGGGGCCGGGCGGCCCCGAGAUAACGAGAUAACGGCAGCUUUGCCCGAGUCAUGACAUCUGGCGACGUGGCGACGACGAAUUCCGGCUACGUGAAACUUGUGGGGCUUCGCCGGAGAAAUCAUCUACCGUUUGUUUAGAUAUAACUAGAACGCGCGCGGCAGUCACCCUACCUGGGCGGGAUGAUUUCGGGUCACGGUGGUGGCGAUUGACGGCAGAAAACAGCUGCUGGAAUGCAGUGGCUCAUGCCAAGGGACCUGUAAGCUGUACCGCUAGUACUACAGCUCGUGUGGUCUGUAGAACACUCCCCGUUGUAACUAUAGGGGGUAAGCGAUGGGAGGAAGGGGAGGGGGGCAAGCAAAGAACCUCGACACAGGAUCGAUACAGAUACAGCUGACAUCGUCACUAUUGGCGAUACUCGGGGGCUGACCGAAAAAGGUCAUCGCUCCGCUGUCAUUUUACCUGUCGCAUUAAUUUCGCGAAGCGCAUAUAGGGUUUGUCUCCCCGAUUUAAUUAAGCCUCAUUAUUAUUAUGUCCAAAAGAUUCCACAGGUGUCUUGGCCUCUCCAGCUUCUUUGCGAUGGUUUAUAACUGUUACCGCUUCCGCGACCAUAUUUCUUCAGCCUUUCAUUUAUGUGAAGCUAGUGAACUAUUGGUUGCACUUUUGUUCGACAGGCUGCAUCCUUGAAGACAUUUAGUCCGGUCUUUCGCUUCGCCCCCCCCCCCCUCCCCCGCUCCUUCUCCCCUGUACUCGGGAGUGCUUUCUCGGACCACCAGAAGUUUCUACAUCCCUGGAAAAUUAGCGUUUGCAUUUUAUGACGUAGCACACCAACGUGGGUGUCUGCCGCGACCAGAUGUAGCACGCGGUGCCACAAUAAGCGUGCGAUUGGCGGUCGGCCCAAAUCCAGCUCGUAGUUCGCUAAAUGAAUGCGGCCUCUGAUGAGCAGCGUCGCGCCAAAUGUUUAUACGUGAAAGCGCUUACGUAGGUAAUAUAUCAGAGCUUGAAGCGUGGCGUUCUGCUGUUUCGUGCUUAAACGAAUCUGUGAUGUAUUUUUUCUAAAGCAGGUUGUGUAUGCGAAGCGCAAGUGGUCGAUGGUGUCCCUCUUUCCGAUCGUCCGGAACCUCCCUUCCCCGUAUUCUUUUUUUUAUCUUUAGAGAUUAGUGCACUUGCGCUGACGUUGUUGCGGGCAGCCCACGCUCAAGUUUAUGGUGCCACGUUGUCCCCUAGCGAAGGUGCGCUGCACUAACCGGUCGCUUUGUAGAGGCGCCUGCAACACCGUUUGGUGGGGGUUGUGUCGUGUAUACCGUUAAGUUUUACGUAUUAAGUCUCGCUAGUUCCGCGUGGAGUCUGUGUGAAUCAACCGCACGCUGGUUGCAUCAUAAGUAUACGAUGACCGUACAUAUAGCGUAGACGCUUGCUCCGCCACGCACCGAGUGAUCACUGCCGCGGUAUACUUAGCCGCUUCGGGCAAAAAACAAAGCUGAGAUACAGGAUGCAUUAAUAAGUACGGGCGAUCAUCAUCGAUGUUAAAGCAUUGAAGCUAGAAAGUCUGAAUCAUCCUGCUAUUAGUCGUCUUAAACUUUGCACUUGCAUCCGAAGGGCGAAGCUUGUAGAUCUGGUUAGACGCCGCGGUACCACGUGAUCUUCGUUACCGGUUGUUCACCAGCGGUAGUGAUGCACGGGCCUACUAAUACGGACUGCAGCGGUGGUUAAGCGCUGUAUUAAUAUCGCUGCGAGGUUUUUUUUCCUUUCCCGCGCUAGACGUCCUUGCGUUUUUAGUAUACGUCAGGGCCGACCCGUGCAGGCCCCCUUAAAGAGACAUUGAGAACUGGUGCUCGCACGAACAGUGCCAAGUUGCAGCUAUACGACGCCGCCGCUUUUCUUUCCCACUCGCUGGAAGAGCGCAGGUUUUUAUGUAUACUACAAGGCGAGAUGCCCCGGCCACCUCGACGGCCGUGUUGGCUUACGCAAACGCAAACGAGAAGCGCGUGACGUUCCAGCUAGGUUUCUGACGUUGCGAAACAACUUCGUGAACUUUGUGCGCGAGCCGUUUUACUUGUUCGCGAGAAAGACGGGAAAACUGCGAGACUACGUAGGUGAUAAGCCGCAUUUUUUGUAUAGCGCAGAGCUCGUUUCUCCGAACGGCUUACUGACUUGCUGCGUGACAGCGCAUUGCAUGUCGAAACGAUCAAUCUUGCCGAAGCAGUCAAGGCUGGUUUCCAUAGAACUCUCCGCGCUUGUGAUGAUAUAUGCGUUUAUACGGUGCAGUGGUCAGGUAUGGCCGAAGAAGGCGAACUCUUCGAGCUUUUCUAACGCAAUGAGCCGUCGGGUGAGGUGAUUGUCCGUAUGGAAAGUUUAUUUGUAUAUUAACUAUGGUUUGUUUGUCAGUAGGCACUGCGUCAGUUUGAUCAGCGGUAUAUCAGUGCGGGAACUGACGAACAUAAAUCGGCCGCAACACCCGGGUAAUUUUCGCAUCAUCGCGUCGCUUGUUCGCGCCGAUCAUCCCCCAUGUCCUCAGUUGUUCGACCAACGGCGCGUUUUCUUUCUUUUUUUUUUUUAAUGAGCCGUUCUGGCGAAAUUUACCUUCUGCCGCGCUAGGCAAUUUCCGAAGUUAUCCGUACGAACGCGUGCUAGAAGCCAUCGCUGAUUUCUACAUUUUCGCCGAUGUCCUUUCCGAGAGCGGCAACGAACAAGCGAACGCUUGUCGAAAGUACUUGUAUAGCGUGGCUCAUGUAAUCGUGUUGUGUAGCUAAUUUUAGGUGUACAGCUUGCAACGGUCGCUCGAGGGGGAGAUGAGAUUUCUGUACGUUUUCUUUUUUUCCUGGCCAACAACUGACAGCAGAGAUUGAAGUUUCGAAGGAUGUUUUGAGAACCUUUUUUCUUAUUUUGAAUUGCAAGUGUACUAGAUAGCCGCGCCGGUUUCAUACCGGUGAUGAAGAAACGACGUAGGGUUGUUCUCUAUUACGAAUGGACCGCCCCCUUUUGCGGGCUUUGUAUAUUUCUCCGGGCUGGGUUUGGGCCGUUGUUUCUGCACGUGGCAUUUCGCUUUCAAGCCGUGUGUGCGACACUCGCUGUGAAAAAAAAAAAAAUGUUUGUACGCAAGGACUUUAAGUGCGGCGUUCAUAGAAAUAUCUGCGGCCACCCCUAGUCAGCCCUUGGCGCCCGGCGUUAAUUUUUCCUCCCAUGUUUUUAAAGACAAGGCGACGUGGUCGCUACUCGACGUGUACGAUAUUCUACUUAUACAUAUUAUACACAUGCAUACAUAUAUAAAUAAAUAUAUAUAUAUACACAUUAUACAUAUUAAGAUAUACUUGCACGCGCUGCAAAGUGACUGGCGCGUUAUGUGAUGUAUAGCGUCAUUUUUUUUUCUUUUUAAGACUUGUAUACUGUAAGAAUAAAGUGACACGUGAUUCGUGAAGUUGGACUGCUGA